UCAAUCAAAAAAAAAAAAACAAGAGAAAGACGAUCGGCUCCUCUCUCUCUCUCUCUCUCUCUCGAUCGCUCCAUCUCGGAACUUGGAUUUUCUCUGAAUCCCUUCCUACCCAGCUAAGAGCUCGACCGAUUGCGGCUUUCCUCGGCGGUGUUGCGCUGAGUUCGCACCCGAGAAAUCAUGGCGACGGCUUCUGUGGCUUUUAAAUCUAGGGAGGACCACAGGAAACAGAUUGAAUUGGAAGAAGCACGAAAAGCCGGACUCGCUCCAGCUGAGGUUGAUGAAGAUGGCAAGGAAAUUAAUCCUCAUAUUCCGCAGUACAUGUCGUCUGCGCCAUGGUAUCUCAAUGCCGAGAGACCUAGCUUGAAACAUCAAAGGAAAUGGAAAUCAGAUCCAAAUUACACGAAAUCUUGGUACGACAGAGGCGCGAAAAUUUUUCAGGCUGACAAGUACCGGAAAGGUGCAUGCCAGAACUGUGGUGCCAUGACUCAUGAUUCGAAAGCAUGCAUGGAAAGACCCCGGAAAGUGGGAGCCAAAUAUACAAACACACACAUUGCACCUGAUGAAAAGAUAGAGACCUUUGAGCUUGACUAUGAUGGUAAGAGAGACCGGUGGAAUGGCUAUGACGCGUCAAGCUAUGCUCUUGUGAUUGAGAGAUAUGAAGCUAGGGAUAACGCUCGAAGAAAAUAUCUUAAGGAACAACAGCUGAAGAAAUUAGAGGAGAAGAACAAUAACCAAAAUGGUGAGGAUGGUGAGGAUGGUGAGGAAGAUGAUGAUGAGGAGGAAGAUGAUGACGACGACUUAAGAGUGGAUGAGGCAAAGGUUGAUGAAAGCAAGCAGAUGGACUUUGCAAAGGUUGAGAAGCGUGUUCGCACAACAGGUGGUGGAAGUACUGGAACUGUUAGGAACCUUCGUAUUCGGGAGGAUACGGCAAAGUACCUUCUGAAUCUAGAUGUCAAUUCAGCUCACUAUGAUCCUAAAACUCGGUCCAUGCGUGAGGAUCCCCUCCCAGAUGCUGAUCCAAAUGAGAAGUUUUAUGGGGGUGAUAACCAAUACAGGAAUAGUGGUCAAGCUCUUGAAUUUAAACAGCUUAAUAUACAUGCUUGGGAAGCAUUUGAGAAAGGGCAAGACAUCCACAUGCAAUCAGCGCCAUCUCAAGCUGAGUUGCUUUACAAGAAUUAUAAAGUUAUUAAGGAAAAAUUGAAGUAUCAAACAAAGGAUACCAUUCUGGAGAGGUAUGGCAAUGCAGCUGCAGAGGAAGAGCUCCCAAGAGAGCUGCUCUUGGGACAGAGUGAGAGAGAAGUGGAAUAUGAUCGUGCUGGUAGGAUCAUUAAGGGGCAGGAGUUAGCACUGCCCAGAAGCAAGUAUGAGGAGGAUGUUUUUAUUAAUAACCACACUUGUGUUUGGGGUUCAUGGUGGAAGGAUCAUCAAUGGGGCUACAAGUGCUGCAAACAGACUAUCAGAAAUAGCUACUGUACGGGCGCUGCCGGAAUUGAAGCCGCCGAGGCAGUAAAUGAACUAAUGAAAUCAAAUAUUGCUCGGAAAGGGGCCACAGAAGAUGUAGCUGCCCCAGUGGAGGAGAAGAGGCUGGCUACCUGGGGAACUGAUGUCCCUGAUGAUUUGGAGUUGGACCAGAAACUUCUUGCUGAAGCACUUAAGAAGGAGGAUAUAAGAAAGCGAGAAGAGAAAGAUGAAAGGAAGCGCAAGUACAAUGUCAGAUGGGAGGAUGAGGUUACUGCUGAGGAGAUGGAGGCGUAUCGGAUGAAGAAGGUACACCAUGAUGAUCCAAUGAAAGCCUUUUUAAGCUAGGUAGAUAGAUAGCAUGUAAGAGUCAGCUGGUCUACCCGGAACACAUACGCUAUCGAUGUUAUGUGAUCAUUUGUGGUGCCUCAAAAUAACCAUAUGCUUGUGUGUUCCCCUAGUAUUCUGUAUUGAAUCCAGCCUCGUGGCAUCUGUUGGGAGUUAUGUUUUGUGGCAAUUGUUUCUGCUGCAGGAUGAAUACAAAGCUGAAUAUUGGGGAAUUCUUAUGCUUUUUGGUUGUUUUGUUUGUUUAUUGAUACAAUGAAAGGUGAUGUAUUCAAUAAAGUCUUGUUUAGUUGCAAUUC